CGAGGACCUUGUCUUGACAUAUAUCCAGAAGGGCAGAAAUACUGAUGGAAAGCAACGUGCGGGCUCUGGCUGCGGAGAUGCCUCCGUGGGAUGUGGCAAGGCAGCCGUCGGGCAAGAUCCUCUCGCUGGACAGGCAAGGGGCCAAGAAAGUGCUGGAGAUCUACGUCAGGCGCUCGCUGAGCUGCUGCUCAGCUGAGCUGGCCAAGAAGAGGUCUCAGGAGGGAUCCAGAAGGCGAGGGAGGAAGGCGGAUGGCCUGCAAAGGUCGAAAAGUGACUUCUGCAAGUACUCGUGUGCCAAACUCAGCCCCAGGAAGGACCAGGAGGAGGCACCCAAAGUGCCGGACCUGGAUGAAGCUCUGGAUGAUGAAAGCAAAGCUCCUGAGGAGGUCCCUAAAGAGGAGCCGGAGCCCAAGAGGAAAAGCACAAAAAAUUCUUCCCAGGGCAAAACCCAACGCACCUGGUUCAAAAGUUUCAUAAAUUUUCUCUUCAAGAAGAGCCCUGAGGACCAGAAAGAAAACACAGGGCAAAAAGCAAAGAACAAAGAUGCCAAAGCUCCUCACAGCUCCAAACCAGAAGGGGCUAAAAGAUCCGGAGGUGAAUUGAGCACGUCCCCGCCGCUGGGCAGAGCCCUAAAGAAGAGAUCCAGCCUCAAGAAGGUUUUCUCCUUCAAGAAGCAUGCGGAGGAGGAGCGGGGAGAGGCAGCAGCUGGGGCGAGGGCCAAGCGACCCAGCUGCCUUCCCCUGCGGCACGUCCAGGCGCCGGCCACGCCAGAUGUGGAGCAGCCCGACGGUUACUACACACGAGUCUCGGAAGAGAUCGGGCUGAUCGUGCAGGGCAGUGAGAGCCAGGGGAGCAGAGCACGUGGAUGUGAGGAGCCACCAGAGCCAUCCGGUGCCAAUGGGGCCGAUGAAGACAUCAGGAGAAUUGUUGCCCUGCUCCAGAGUGUAGGAGAUGAGCUGGACAGGCAGGUGAGGGAAGACGCACGGCUACGGAUGUUCUUCAGAGACAUGUCCUACAGCUCCUUCAAGAACCUGGCUGAUGCCUACGUCCACAAGGAAAUGACAGCCAGCAGACCCGACGUUAAUCCCCAAGAGAUCCAGUUUGCCUUCACGGUGCACCUCACCGCCAAGGUGGCGGGCAUCUGCAACCAGGCAGUGAACAGGAUCAUGGGCUUCGGCACCCGCUACCUGGAAGACUCGUUUGCACCCUUGUCCUACAGCAAAAUUCUCCAGCAGGACAGAGAAAAGUUCGGCACAGACAACUGCGAGAGCCCAGACUGA